AUGUUUCAAACGGUUAUGAAACUUGUAACUGACUCGUUACUGAAUUGUACAAAUGGACCGGUUGGAAUAGUAAGUGCUCGAGUUUAUUUAUCCAGAAUUGAAUUGACAUUUAUUGUGGUCCUGCUAGGAUCAACUCUUAUCUCAUUGAUCACUGUAUGUCUCGGUGUUUUACAUAUUGCUUAUGCAUCAUUUUAUGUUACACAGCGAUAUCGACGAGCAUUUAUCGUCUAUCUGGCUGGUACUGCACCGUUUGUAUCAGUGCUUUCAUUGAUCUCUAUGUAUAUGCCACGGCUAUGGUUCCUUUCUCAUCUUCUUGGUUUCUUAUAUUUUUCAAUAGCAUUAUGGGUGAUUAUAUGUCUUUUGAUGAAUAUUUUCGAAGGACGUCAAAAAAUGGUGAAAAAAAUGAAAAACGGUUGUUCGAGGAUAAGCGUACAAACACCGCCACUCUGUUGUGUCUUUCCAUGUCUUCCAAAGCUUGAACUUGAUCAAGGUCGAAUACGAUUCUGUGAAAUGAUGGUCUUUCAAACUCCAUGUAUUAGGCUUACAUUUACAAUUUUAAGCUUAAUACUUUAUUUUGAAUAUCAAGAUGGUGCUAUUAUAGCACUGAAAAUACUUGAUUUAGUAUCCCUUCCAUCCUUACUAAUUGGUAUUUACGGUACGCAUAUACUUGUAACAACCGUUUCAAAUUUGGAUGAAUUAAUUCCAUAUCGUUAUAUUGUCGUUUUUCGCUUGCUUGAUUUCUAUUUCAUGUUUUAUGGCAUACAGCAGCCAAUUUUCGAUAUUCUGGCUCGAGCUGGCAUAUUUGGAUGUGGUACUGUGUUACCACCGCUUGAAACAGCAUUUUUUUGGAAGAAUUUCAUACUUGUUAUUGAAUCAUUUUUCGUCUCGCUAAUUUCUACCGUAUUAUUGAAGCCAUCGCGGAGUGCAUUCUUCGACAAAUAUCCAUCAAGCCGAAAUGUUGCAUCAUCAUCUUGUGAACUUAGCACAUAA